AGGAUGUUUUCUUUUGGACUGUUUUCAGUCCCAGACCAGACCAGACCAGACUUAAACAGACCAGACCAGACCAGACCAGACUUAAACAGACCAGACCAGACCAGACCAGACUUAAACAGACCAGACCAGACCAGACCAGACCAGACCAGACCAGACCAGACUUCCGUAGUUAUAAAAUACACAGAGACCAGACGUUUACCAGACCAGACCAGACCAGUUCAGACCAGACCAGACCAGACCAGACUUAAACAGACCAGACCAGACCAGACCAGACUUAAACAGACCAGACCAGACCAGACCAGCAAAUUUCAGUCCAAAAGAAAACAUCC